AUGGCGGUCGGCAAGAAUAAGCGCCUUACAAAAGGUGGCAAAAAAGGAGCCAAGAAGAAAGCGAUUGAUCCAUUUUCUAAGAAAGAUUGGUAUGAUGUGAAGGCCCCAGCUGUGUUCAAUAUAAGAAAUAUUGGGAAAACACUAGUCACAAGGACUCAAGGAACCAAAAUUGAAUCUGAUGGACUUAAGGGUCUUGUUUUUGAAGUGAGUCUUGCUGAUCUGCAGAAUGAUGAAGUUGCAUUUAGAAAAUUCAAGCUAAUUACUGAGGAUAAAAUGAUGGAACUCAUGACCCGAGAGGUGCAGACAAAUGACUUGAAAGAAGUGGUCAAUAAACGGACUCCAGACAGCAUUGGAAAGGACAUAAAGAAGGCUUGCCAGUCUAUUUACCCUCUCCAUGGUGUGUUUGUUAAGAAAGUGAAAAUGCUGAAGGAGCCCAAGUUUGAGUUGGGAAAACUCACGGAGCUUCAUGGUAAAGGCAGUAGUUCUGGAAAAGCUACUGGAGAUGAGACAGGUGCUAAAGUUGAACGAGCUGAUGGCUAUGAACCACCAGUUCAAGAAUCUGUUUAA